CCCGCGGGCGGAAGCGGCGCAAGGGGAGGUUAAAAAAAAAAGGAAAAAAAAGGCGGAAAAAGGCAAAAAAAAAAAAAAAAGCGGCGGCGACGGCUGAAAAUGGCGGAAAAUUUAAAAGGCUGCUCCGUGUGCUGCCUGUCGCCCUGGUCGCGACUGCAGGAGCUGUGCCGGCUGCAGCGCCUGCGGUGCCGCGCGCUCGGCGUCACCCGCCGCAACCUCGGCCACUUCGAGGUGGAGCUGCUGUGCGACUACCGGCGAGUGCGGGACGAGGAAUUCUACCUGGUGAAGUGGCGCGGUUACCCCACCUCCGCCAACACCUGGGAGCCGCGCCGCAACCUCCGCUGCCGCGGGCUCCUUCAGCAGCUACACCGCGACCUGGCGCGCGCCCCCGGCGCUCCGGUGCGGCCGGGCCCCCGCGGGCUCCCGCCGCGCGCCGUCUCCUACCUGGCGCAGAAAGCCGAGCAGCGCCGGGCGCUGCGGCGCUGGGAGCGGCACCUGAACCGCACGCGCAGCCACCGCGGCCGCAUCGCCGUGGAGAACGAGGUGGACCUGCACGGGCCCCCCCGGGAUUUCGUCUACGUCAACGAGUACAAGGUGGGCGCGGGCGUGGCGCUGACGCCGGUGGCGGCCGGCUGCGAGUGCCGCGAUUGCCUGGCCGAGGCCACGCUGGCCGGGGGCUGCUGCCCGGGCGCGUCCCACAACAGGUUCGCCUACAACGAGGCCGGGCAGGUGAGGAUCAGGGCGGGGCUGCCCAUCUACGAGUGCAACUCGCGCUGUCGCUGCGGCGCCGACUGUCCCAACCGCGUGGUGCAGCGCGGCAUCCGCUACGACCUGUGCAUCUUCCGCACCGGCGACGGGCGCGGCUGGGGAGUGCGCACGCUGCAGCGCAUCCGCAAGAACUCCUUCGUCAUGGAGUAUGUGGGGGAGAUCAUCACCUCGGAGGAGGCGGAGCGCCGGGGCCAGGUGUACGACCGCCAGGGCGCCACGUACCUGUUCGACCUGGACUACGUGGAGGACGUUUACACCGUGGACGCCGCCCACUACGGGAACAUCUCACACUUCGUCAACCACAGCUGCGACCCCAACCUGCAGGUGUACAACGUGUUCAUCGAGAACCUGGACCAGCGGCUGCCGCGCAUCGCGCUGUUCGCCACGCGCCCGAUCCGCGCCGGGGAGGAGCUCACCUUCGACUACAACAUGCACGUGGACCCGGUGGACGCCGAGAGCAGCCGCAUGGACUCCAACUUCGGGCUGGUGGGGGGGUCCCUGGGGGGCUCCCCCCGCGCCCGCGGCCGCAUCGAGUGCAAGUGCGGGGCGGCCUCGUGCCGCAAAUUCCUGUUCUGAAACACCUGGGCCACACCUGGGCCACACCCAGCGCA